AAAAAAGGAAAUGGGUCUUCACCCACAAGACGACAGACAGCGAAACAAGUUUCAUCUGUAUUCGAGUUUAGGUUGUGUCUUGUCGAAGAGUUUGAUGCAAAAUUGACAUUUGUAAAACUGAAUCAGCUCACACCGUGAGAGUUGAGACCUCCUCUCUUCCCCUCGAUUCAUCGUACAAAGACUGUGCUUGAAUGGGAGAUCUUAUGGAACCAGAUUUGAUAAGUGAUUUGCCUCAGAGCAUUAUAGAGAGCAUUCUAACGCGCUUGCCGAUUAGAGAUGCUGUGAGAACUAGCAUUUUGUCUAGUAAAUGGAGGUACAAAUGGGCUUCAAUCACUCAACUUGUGUUUGAUGAGAAAUGUGUCCCUUUCUGUAGUGACCAAGAUUUUGAUGAGAAAAGCCUCAUUGAAUUUAUAACAAGAGCUCUUUUUCUUCACGAAGGACCGAUUCACAAGUUCCAGCUCACUACUUCCUAUUUGCAAAGCUGUCCCGAUAUAGAUCAAUGGAUACUUUUCCUUUCGAGGAAUGACAUCAAAGAAUUGGCUCUUGAACUAGGAGAAGGGGACUGGUUUAGAGUACCGGCGUCUCUUUUUCGCUGUAAAAAGUUGACCCAUUUAGAGCUGUUUCGUUGCGAAUUGGAUCCGCCUCCUAGUUUUAAGGGGUUUUUGUUUAUGAAGAAUCUCACUCUUCAUCAAGUUUCAGUUUACCCUGAUGUGAUAGAAAAUCUUAUAUCUAGUUGCCCUCUACUUGAGAAUCUAUCUUUGUCAUACUUUGACAGCUUAACACUAAACAUUAAUGCACCGAAUCUCAAGUACUUGUUUCUUGAAGGCGAGUUCAGGGACAUAAAUCUUGAGAAUGCUCCACUUUUGAGUUCAAUGUCCGUUGCUAUGUAUAUGACUGAUGACAACUUUGAGCACUUUGAACAAAGUUCAAGUUGCAAUUUUGACAAGUUUCUUGGCGGGUUACCUCGUCUUGAGACCCUUACCGGGCACAUCUACUUUACGAAGUAUUUGAGUAUAGGUUAUGACUUGGGAAAACUUGCAAUUACAUAUGACCAUUUAAAAGUCAUUGAACUAUAUCAAGUGAGUUUCGAAGAUAUGAAAGAGAUAUAUGUUGUUCUUCGCUUAGUUACAAGCUCUCCUAAUCUAGAGGAACUUCAGAUCUCAGGAUCCUCAAACGCUCUGGUUGCAAUGGAAGCACCCGAUUUAGAUCUAUGGGAGAAAGAAAGCCAUUCGAAAUGCGCACUCGAAAAACUAAAACAUGUGAAGAUGACAGAAAUGUCCAGUGUGCCACAUGAAAUGGAAUUCAUCAAGUUCUUGCUAUGUAGAUCGCCGGUGCUGGAGAGGAUGAGUAUCACUCCUUGUGUCUACGUUAUGGAUGGACGACUCAAUAUGCUGAUUGAAUUGGUAAGGUUUCGAAGAGCGUGUUCAUCCAAGAUUAAGUUGUAA